AUGGAUGACGAUGUUUGCGCUGACAAAUUGCUGAGAUUAGCUGUAAAACGCGAUGCAGAAGGGUAUCUUGCGGACGAGGAAAUCGCGGAUGUUGCGGCCCACCGGGAAGCGGAAGAUGCACAGGUCGAGCAGGAUGAUGGCGACGAUGAUGGCAACGAUGACGGCGGCGAUGGCGGAGUAGGGAGGGGUAGUGAAGUAGUCACCUCCCUGCUCAUGUGA